AUGGACAACAGCACCCCAACCAACUCCCCCGGCGGGACCAUCCACCCCCGCCUCUCCCUCCUCGGCAUGCCGGCAGAAAUUCGCAACACAAUCUACAUGUUCGCCGGCACGCGCAUCACAGCAACGAAUACGCCGUCGAGGACCCAGGCUCGGCCCUCCUCGCCACGUGCAAACAAAUCCGCGCAGAAGCUACCCUUCUCUACCGCCACUAUCGCUACUUCUUCUUCCCGGGAGGUGUCGACGCCCUCGACUGGUACCGCACCUGUACCCCCACCCAACGGCCCCUCGUCACAGAAAUUUGGCUCGACACUGCAAACACUUGGAUCUGGUCCCCGUUCUCACCCUCCGACCCUAGCGCUAGCCGCAGGGUCCAAGCGCGGCGCGGUUCCUCUGAUGCGGCUGAUGACCUUGGUCACCUUCGGAGAGACUUUCCGCGUGUGCAUCCGUGGGGGCCUGUGUAUCUUCAACGAUCGCUUGCGAGUGUUGCUGGGGAGAACGGGGAGAUUGAGUUCUCGGAGAAUCCGCGACAGAGGUUCCUUGAGCUUAAUCCGCAUUAUAGGCGGUGUAGGCAGUGUGGGCAGGACGGGAGAGAUCACGAGUGCGUUUGUUGGAAGUGUUGGGUCGAUGAGCCCAGCUGUCAAUGCCCUGACGAGGAAGAUGAUGAUGAUUGGUAGAGGGUGUCUCUCUCUGGUCUAA